GCAGCGGCCACAGUGUGUUUGGAAACAACAUUCCUCCCUGAUAAAGUCCCGUAUGACAGCAAGCGGAAAGACACCUUUGGCUUCGGCCGAGUUCCACAAGUUUGUCUUCAGUCGACGCAGGUUUUCAUCUUUCUGCUCGGAAUUGUAUAACGAGUACCAGUCUUGUUGUAGCUGUAGCGAGUAAAGAGUAUCACCCUAAGGGCGAGACUACAACCAGUGAAACCGAGUAAAAAUGGAUGUGGGACAUUCUGAACAAAAGACGAUUACUCUUUUCAUAAAAACACCCAACCAGGCUCAUGAGGUUCAAACCGUCGAAGGCGUCUAUCUGAACUGGACUGUGAAGGACCUGAAGACACAUUUGUCGACUGUUUACCCAACCAGACCGGCUGUGAGUGACCAGAGACUGAUUUAUGCUGGGAAACUGCUGCCUGACCAUCUGCGCAUGAAAGAUCUCUUUAGACAGACUGACUCCAUUCCCACACUGCACCUAGCGUGUACUUUUAGGAAUCAACCCAAAGGACAACUGGGAGCUAGACCUAAGACCAAAGAGACAGAACAGCCACGUCCCAGCUCCUCCUCCACAGUCAUGAAUCCCAGCACACCAGAGCUGAGGCAGAGGAGGCAGACCUCACCAACCUCAGCUGCUGCUCCAGCUCACACACACUCCUCCGCGUCUCCAUCAGGAGCUCCUUCAUGGCCUGCUGCUGCGAUGCCUGGAGCACCACAGAUGACCCAACCAGCCUUUCCCACCUACUCCCUGUACAGCCCUCAGCAGCUACUGUGGCUUCAGCAUGUAUAUGCUAGACAGUAUUACAUGCAAUACCACGCAGCGCUGGCAGCAGGAGGCACCAUCCCUUCUGCACCAGCUACAACCAUUGGUCAGUACGCAGCUGUUCCCGCCCACCAAGUACCUGUCCCGGCCCCCUUAGCCAAUCAGAACCCCAUCAACAACCUGCCCGCAAAUCAGAACCCAGUGCAAGAUGCCGCCUUCAUCAACCCUGGUGAGGCCAACCAGAACAUACAGAUGAACGCGCAGGGCGGGCCUUUGAUGGAGGAUGAGGAUGACGUGGAGCGAGAUUGGCUGGACUGGUUGUACUCAGCCGCAAGAUUUGCCGUUCUGCUUAUGAUCGUGUACUUUAACUCCAACCUGAGUCGUUUUCUGCUGGUGAUGGGCACCCUCCUCCUCAUGUACCUACACACAGCUGGUUUGUUUCCCUUCAGAAGGCGAGUGCAGGUCCAAGGACCCAACAAUCUGCAGCCCCCUAAUGUCCAGAACAACCAGCAGAACGACAACAGGGACCCAGACCCAAAUCCAGCUGACGAGCUUGCUGACAGACAAACGGAUGAACCUGCUGCUGCAGCAGAUGGAUCAGACGGACAAGGACCAAUGACGGCGGUUUUAGUGCCUCCUUACAGGGUGUCAGUCAUGUGGACAGCCUGGGUUUUCUUCAAAACUUUCUUUUCCUCCCUCAUACCUGAGGCUCCUCAGGGUGUGGCCAACUGACCACCUAAGACAGACAGAAACAGUAACCUUUGUAGAUUUCAGUGGGGAACAAUAAUUAGCAGCAGUUGUUCCUUGAAAAGCUGGUGGGAGGAAAAGGAAGACGUCUGGAGCUGUCAUCUGAACAAUGAUUAAAUAGAAGGGCAUCACGCGGAUGCAUAUCAACAAGGACUGGAACCUUCCUAUUGAAACACCAGCAAGUAAAUCAGUGCCACACCCUUGAAUUUCCGAAACUGUGAACUAGAAACAAAGGACUGCCAAUAUCAGACAGCAUUCUUCACAAUAAGAAAUUGUUCAGUGGGGACACAUCUAUCCCACCUCUCCAUCUGACCAAACAUCUUCAAUUUGACUGGUUUUUACCGCUCCCCAAGGUUUUCACUCUGUGACGGGGCCUUGUAAGACAAGCUACCUGGAUUGCUCCCUCAUCCAGGAAGCAACAGUAGGUGGCAGCUGAGGGUUACAAAUAAACCUCUUAGCUGACGGGACUUUUGUGCUUAAAUUAUUCCUCCUGUGAGGUUGUUCAUGUACGCAGGCUUUCUGGUCUCUGUUGCAUCCAGUCAGCUUGUCUGAGUUUUCAUAAUGAAGAACGUGAUCCGGAUUAAUAUUCUCACACUGACUGUUCAGUUGAAGUAAAAAUCCACACACAGACAGACACACACUCAGUACUGUAUCUGAGAAUAUUCUCUUUUUCCAGGGUCAGAUUUAUUUUGUAAUAAAUAAUGUAAUAAUAUUUAUCAGUUAAAUUCAGACAACAAAAUACAAGAUGAGAGUCAAAUUAUUUGGGCCUGUAUUUGCAUCUAUAAAGUCGCUGUGUUGUGAAUAUUUAAAGGUGGGCUGAGUCACAAAGGAAGUGGCUCAGACCAAAACAUCAGAUAACAUUCUUAACACUAUUCCAGCCAGCUAGCAACAGGUGGCGUUCAUGCUCAGGCACAGGACAUGUGGAAGGGGAGGGGAGAUGGGGGUAAAUCUGGCAUGCUAGUGUGUGAUCGCAUUGGGAAGAAUAUAAAUAAAAAUCAACCCCCUUUAACAGCCCUAAUGCAAGCAGAAACUGAGCAGGACUGGAACUUCAGCUCAGAGACAAAAAGAGAACUAAUAAUGAACAAAAAUCCUGAUUGACGGACUGAAAAAUAACAUUGCACCUCUCAUAUGAGUUUUCUUUAGCAGUUCCGUUUUCGGUGGAUUUUUCUGUUAUUGGGAGUCACGUGAUGAUGAUUGUGACCAAAUGCAAAUCAGACUGCAUCUUUCUGCCAAAUUGUUGGGUACAUUUUCUGUAAAAUAGUGAUGUUGCCAGAGUUUUUUUAAAAAAAAGCAAGUUUUGUAAAUAUACUAUAUGUACACAGAGCACUUUACAACAUGUAUGUUAUGCAAAUGUAUUUACAGGUAAAGUGGUAAGGAUUUAUUUUUCUUCAUGGGAGGGUUUAUUUUAAUCUAAUGCCUAAAGGACUCCAAGAUUUGCUUUGUAUAAGUUUAUUUUCAGGUCAAGUCUAAAAUCCCAUUGAAACAAAACCAUCAGUGCUAAAUUACAGCAAACGUCCCUUUUAGAAAAAAAUAUGUUUAAAUUGGAUUUAAGGCAGUUUUGCUUCUCCGCCGGCUCGUAGGCCCUUUGUAUCGUUUUCACUUUGCACCUUGGUCACCCUUUUUUAAUUAUUACAUUGUUUGAACUUCAAUCAGUUAAUGUUCCAAAUAAUGAACCAACUGUGCCCAUCAUUUUUGAGAAAUGUUAUCUCAUAUUGAUUGAAAAAGCUUCACUGUCCCACAACAGACACAUAAAUAACAAUGACUACUUACUAAUGCAGACUUGAGUCUUGUUUUGUGUUUAUGAACUGAUUCUAAUCAGCGCAUGUUUUAUUGAUCUCUAAUAAGGAAUAGGUGGAUUUUACUAUGUUAUCAAUGUCACUGUAAAAGGGUGUGUGUUACACCUUUUAAGUAAACAGGGUAAAAGUACUUUCCCUCUUUUUUUCAUUAGCUCCUGCUGUAAAGUUAGCACUCUGAUCCCCUUUGGAGACUGACAGCAGUUGGUGACAUUGGUCCCCAUGUUUAAUUGGAAUUUUUAAUGUUAAGAUUUUCUUUUUUGUUUGUCUUUCUGUGAGAGUUGCUUAUUGAUGAUGGAUGCAGAAUGAAGUGUUUUAAGGGAGACUUGCAAUAAUUAAUGCAAUAAAUGGUCUUAACUCUAA